UCAUCGCUAUUUCCGUUUUCCUUAUUUCUUUUUUCGUUUCGUAACUAAUUAACUAACAUUAUCAUCAUUGUUGUUGGUGGUGAUUAUGUGUGUCUACUGGUGGUGGUGUGUGUGAAAGUUUUUUCUAAAAGAAAUAAUUCAUUUCACUUGAUACUUAAAAUAUAUAAUGUCUUCAUUGGAAUCAACAACAACAAAUUCUAUUGUUAAUAAUAAUAAUAAUAAUAAUAAUAUUGAAUUGGAAAAUUCAAAAAAAAUUGAGAUAAAAUUACGAGAGAAAAGACAACAACAACAACAACAAAAUUCACCUGUAGAAUCAAUACGUCCAUUGGGUAUUAUUAUUGAUACAGAUUUGAAUUUGAAUGAAGAAGAUAAUAAUAUUGAACAACAGCAGCAGCAACAACAAAAGCCUAACAUAGAAGCAUAUCAAUCAUCCGAUUCAAUUUGUGAACAACAACCGCAACAAGAAGAUUAUAAUAUUGAUCCGGCCUUAUAUUUUCAUAAUCGUAAUCCAACAUUAGAAUCAUUCCGUAAUGGUAAUGGUGAUAAUGAUAAUAAGAAGAUUAAUAAAUCUGAUUCAUUAGAUUCACAACAACAACAACAACAAGCUUGUUGUACAAAAUUAGCAUUUAAUUUCUAUAAUAAAGCAUUGGAUUCGGCUAAAAAACAUUUACCAAACAGAAAUCGACAGAAAAAUCGUUAUUCAGGUGGUUUUCCACGUUCAUUUGGUGAAGAUUUUCAUUCAUUAGGACCGGAUGGUUUUUAUUAUCUUGAUAAUGAUCAACAAACAGAAUGUUCAUUAGAUUAUCGUGAUUUAGAAUUUAAUCGUGAUUCAUUUUUAUCAUUUACCGGAUCAGAAGUAAUACCGGAAUUAUCGGAAGAAGAAUUUUUUGAAAAUAAAAUUCAAAGAAAAUCUUUGAAUCAACAACAGAAUCCAACAAAUAUUGAUUGUACUGUACGGAAUUUUCAACAAUUACCAACAGUUCAAGGUGGUGAACAAACUUUAGCACCUAUCAUUGGAAUAAUGGACGAAAAUGAACCAAUGUCAUCAACAACAACAGAUCAAUCAAUAAUAAAACAACGUAAAGGUCCAUCAUUAUUUGAUCGAUUAUUUCGACGUAAAGAUGAUAAUAAGAAUAAAAAAUCGCGUAAAGCUCGAUCUGAAUCACGUGAAAGAGAACGUCGUACGAAAAAUAUUCGUGCAACAUCAUUACCACCAUCGACAACGAAUAUAGGUGGCGGUAAACAUCAAUUACAACAACAACAUCCAGUUAUGAAAUUAGGACCCGAUGGUCAACUUUGGUUUGAACAACAAGAUGGUACACAAAUAAUAUCAACAACUAGUACAGCUGCAAUAGAUCCAAAUGAAGCAAUUCUAUCGAAUGUAACAAGACAAUCACCAAUAAAGCUAGUUUAUGCACGUCCACCCGAAAUAAUUGUUCAAGAAGUAACAAAUCUAACCGAUACUAUCGAUACAUUACCUAGAAUACAAUCACCCAAUGUAUCAUCGAAACCAAAUCAAGAACAGAUAUCAACAGAUCAUCGAACACCAUCACCACCAAAUACUGUUGAUGAAGUGGCUGAAAAAACAAUGUUAGAUAUUUUGGAUGAUGCUAUCAGACAACUUCGUGAUGAAUCAUCGAAUCAAAUGAUAUCACCGAUUUAUGUUAAUGAAAAUAUUCAGCCAGAAUCAUCGCCAACAGAUCAAAAUAAAUUGGGAAAACAGGAUAAAAAAUCAACAAAAUCAACAAGUCCAAAAUUUGGUAGAAAAAAACGAAAAUUACCCGGUUAUUCAUCAUCACCGAUGGCUAAAUUUAAAGAUAUCCGUAUGACGAAACCGAAAUUUUUUCGUAAAUUUCAUUCAAAAAAUCCAAAGAAAAUGAAAGAAACUAGUCAACCAACCGUUGAAUUGAAAGAUUCAAAACGUAAUUCAGAUGUUGAUCCAACACAGGUUGUUGCCGAAGCUAAUGUUCCCGAAAUAACUAUUGAUGAAGUAACACCAUCGUCAUCGAAUAUUCAAGAUGAUGAUGAUAUGAAUAAUGUUGAAAUAGUUGAUAUUGAACAAAAAGUUGAAGAACCGCAACCACCACCAUUUCUAUUAUCAUCAAAUGAUAAACCGAAGAAAAAAUUGGUACGAAAAUCAAAAAUCAAUCUAAAAUCUGUUCGUAUACCACGAUCAUUUCGUAAAAUUUCGAAAAAAGAUGAUAAUCAUGAUGAUGAUGGUUUUUCGAAGAAAAUUUCACCACCAAAAUCACCGCAACCAUCGACGACAGAUUUGAAAGAAAAAUUAAAAAAUCCAUUCAAUCGUCAGAAUAAACAACAACAACAAAAACAAAAACAUCAUUUUAUUCGACAAUUACCAAGAUUACCAGAUAUACCGGAAUCAAGAAAUUCAACAUUAAAUAGUCAACAACAUUUGUAUGAAGGUAUUAAAGGAUCACCACAAUUAAAUCAACGUCCUUAUCAUAAUAAUUCAUUGGAAAUUGAAUUUCCUGUUGGUAUACCAUUGGAUCAACCAUAUGAAGAAUUUGAUGAUAAUAAUAAUGAACCAGGUUUAAGUCCAUUUCAUCGAUAUCCAGAUCAACAACAACAAGAUGAUAAUCGAAAUAAAGAAUCACCGAUAAUUUUGCAAUCAGAAUUACCUGUGAAUAAUCUAUCGAAAUUACCUGUAACAGAAAUAACAUUAGCAAAAUUACCCGAUUCACCUGUUUUUGAUAUGAAAAUACCGAAAGAAAUUUGUGAACGUUUUCCAUCAUCAUAUCAUAAUCAACCACCGGAAAUUUUAGUAAAAAUACCUGAAAAUCAUAAAUUUAAAACCGAAUCAUUGGAUAAACAAUCAGUGAAUUCAGAUCAUCAAAAACAACAAUCAGAAUUUUCAUUUUCAAAUUCAAACGUACCGGAUAUUGUUAUGAUGGAACCGGAAUUUAUUCUAUCCAAAAGACCGGGUAUUGAAAUUCAUCAUCAUGAUCAUUCACCAUUAUCAUCUGAUAUGCCAUCAAUAUUGACAAUGGAAAUUAAAUCGGAUGAUAAUUUGGAACCAUCACCAUCGUCGUCGAUUUAUGUUCCAUAUAAUCCACCAACAUCAACAACAUUCGAUUCGAAUAUUGAAUCAAAUCGAUCGACAACUCGCCAUCAGAUGGCAGCAUUAAAUGAUGCUAUGCAUGAAAAAGUUGAUAAAAUAAAAAAUAUGGCCGGUUCAUUUCGUUUAAAAAUGAAAGAUUUUAUUCAUCAUACAAAAACACCAUCAUCGAAAACUGAUCCAAAAAUUAUUGAUCAAACAUUGAAACCGGAAUUUAAGUUUCAAGAAACUGAUUUAGAUCAACCAACAACAGCAACAACGGAUUUUGAUGCAUCAAUGAAAAUUGAACAAAAUCAACAACAACAACAAGAAAAAGAAAAAGAAAUUCCUAUGGAUUAUGAAGAUCCAUCAAAAAUUAUUGAAGCAUUAGAUAAUCUUUUGUCGGAAUCUGGUUAUCGUUUAGAUAAUGAUGAUAAUAAUAUGGAAAAACGUUCGAAAAAAUCAUUUAAGAAAAAAUUUCCUAAAUUUGAAUUUACACAUAAACCACGAACAAUUGAACAACAACAAUGGACUGAUAAUGUUAAUAAUAAUCAUUAUGAUGAUAAUGAUGAUAAUAAUGAUAUUGAACGGCCAACAUCAUUUGCAAGAAAAAAUCGUGAACGUUUUGAUCAGAUACGUAAUCGUGCACAAAAAUCAUUUGGACAAUUUGCUGAUCGUGUAAAACAACAAACACAACAAAUUGGUGAACGAACACGUGCAUCGAUUACGAGGGCAAAAACAAAAUCACCAUUACGCAAGCGACCGGAUCGGCCACCACCACCAACAUCAUCGUUUUAUGAUUUACAUUUUGCUUCGGAUUCGGAAUUAUCACCCGGUACAGGUAUUGAUUCAUUACGUCGUUCAACAACAACAAAAGUUUAUCAAGAUUUAGCUGAUCAACAAGAACGUCUUGAAGUAUAUAUGCAACCAGUUAAUCGUAAUCAACCAAGAAGACCACCACGUCGUCAUUUGAAUUAUGAUGAUGAUGAACGAAGGCAACAACAACAUCCGGAUUAUAUGCAAUCAUUACCAUCAUUAUCGGUGACAAAACCAAAACCACCAAGACCACCGCCACCAAAUCGAUAUCUAACAACAAGUUGUCAAUCAAUGAUACCAUGUGAUGAAGAAAUAUCAUUAGGAACUUCAACAUCAAGUCUUUUGUCUUCACCACAAGAUAAACAUCGUCGUCGUCGUCGUUUUCCACGUCGUCAACGUUGUCCACCUGAACAAUUUUAUAAAAAUGUUCGAUUGAAUUAUCGACCGAAAAAAUCCUAUGUAGAAUUAUUGCAAAAAUCUCAACCAUUUUAUACAAUGGCUAUUCAACAAAAAUCAUUAGAACGAUCACAAUCAACUGGACAAUUAUAUGGACGUUAUAAACCAAAACCGAUUGAUAAUUUUGGUUAUCCAAUACCACCAUUACGACGAUCACGUACAUUACGAUCGAAACCACCGAUUUGUCCACCAAGUCGAACAAUUUUUGAUAAUUCUCGUGCUGCAUCGGUAUUUUCAGCUCGUAGUGGUGGUCAUGGUCAAAAUUAUUCAGUUCCAAGAGAUUAUCUAUUUAUUAAUGAUCAAUACAGAGAUAAUAAUAAUGAUGAUGAUCAAUAUCUAUUGAAAGGAAAAGAUUUUUAUAGUCCUUAUCUACAAGCACCACCAAUAACAUUGAAUGUUGGAUCACAACCUGAUCUACAAUGGAGUCCAUUUCAAUGGAAAGUUAAACGUUGUCGUUCAUUUGGCGAAACAAUGGAUAAACAAAAAUUACAAUCACCCGAAUUGGAGGAAACAUCAUCAACAACACAAACACCAGAUUCAAAUGAUACAAUUGUACCAUCUAAAUCGACAACAUUAAAACGAUCAGCAACAACAAUUGUUGCUAAUCAAAAUUAUCGUAUUGAUAAUACAACACAUCGUAUAAUACAACCAGAAACUGUACAACAACGAAUGUUUAAAUGGCUUCAAUCAACAUCAACAACAUCAUUGGAUACAUUACGUCAUCGAAUACCAAAAAAUUUAAAUAUUAUUAAACAACAACAGUUUGAUAGUGAUAAUAAGGGGUUAAUAAGGAGUAGGAGUAAUAGUAAAGGAAGACGUCAAACACCACCACCAAGGCCACCACCAUCUUCAAAGAUGAUAAUGAUGAUGAUGAUGAAUCGGGCAACUAGCCCAUCAUCAUCAUUAUCAACAACAACAACAAAUCAAUCUAUUUCUUGUUAUUCUACUAAUAAUGAUUAUACAAAUAAUAAUUAUUAUAAUUAUAAUAAUAUUGAUAAUUUUCUUGCAGAUACAUUCGGUGACGAUAUAAUUGGAUCAACGAAUAAUACUCUUAAUGGUGGUGAUCAUCUUCAUAAAAAUCAUUUACCAUUAUCAUCAUCAAAUCGUCCAUUACCACCACCACCAAUUCCCCCAAGACCUAAAUUAAUACCGGCACAUUAUUUAUAUGAUGUUCAACGUAAACAACAACAACAACGUCCUUUAACACGUGAUGUUGCAUGUGAUACAUCGGAAAAUGGUUUUGAAAAAUUUUGUCAAAAAAAUAAUAAUCAUGGAUUCUUAAAUAAUAAUCGUCAACAAAUUGAAAAAUUAAGAAGAAAUGAUAAAGAUCCUGAUGAUGAUGAUAUAACACUUGUUGAAAAUAAUUCAAGUCAUAGAUUUUAUUUACAUAAUCAAAAUGGUCAUCAUAUUCCAAAUGGAUCAAUCAAUUUGGAUACAAUAGCAUCUGUUUAUACUGAUGCACGUACACAUCAAUCAAAUAAUACUUUAAAUUCAAAUCAUCAAAAUCAAAAUCAAAAAUCAUCAUCAAUUAAACAAUGGUUUGAUGAUAAUAAUGUAUCGGAAUCAUCA